CCCUUCCCCACCAUCCCGUUCAGCCGCGCGCCAUUUCUCUUCCCACGCGCUCUCUUCCCCGUCUCGCUCUUUCUCUGUGGCAAAGCGACCGGGCGCCAUGUUUGUAAGGAAGACAUAACCAGACCAGCCUCCUCUCCUCCUCCUUUGCGGCCAACGGCACCUCUUCCCCAUCCCCUCCGCCCUCACCGACCGACCCACCACUCCCUCCUCUUCCUGUGGUGCGUGUGUGUUGCCUGUUGUUAACCCCCCCACCCCCUUUAUUUUAUUUUUUGAAAUUUGCAUCGCCCGGCCCCAGAGCGACCGUUAAAAGCGCCCUUUUCUGGGGGGCGCGUGCGCGUGUGUUUGCGUGUGUCCCCGUGCCCACCCUUCCCGUCACUCAGUAAAAAACCGUGAGUGGAAAUCUUCGCUGCUGCUUGCUGAGGUGGUGGGGGGACCCCCACGCGGUCCUCCUCCGGCCGCCGCCGCUUCUGCGUAUAUUUGUGUGUGCGUGUGUGUUGUAUGUGUGCCUAGUGUCUCCUCCCUCCUUUCCUCUCCCAACGCCCCACCACGGGCAGCAGUGUCCUGCCUUCCUCCUCCUCCUCCCUCCUCCUCCUCCCUGCACACACAGCCAGAGCCAGCACAAUGGCCUUUGAAAGCCUGUUCUCCAAGCCCCCAAACCCAGUUCUUGACCAAAACAUGCCCGACUCUGACAGGCAACAUGCAGGGGACGAAAGAGAAGAUGGUGAACUCGAAGAUGGUGAAAUAGAUGAUGCUGGAUUUGAAGAGGAUAAGGAAGAACAAAAUGCAAAGGUUGAAGAUAAACAGAAAAAUGAAAAAACCCAUAGAAAAUCCCGCAAGAAACGCAAAAAGGAAAAAGAUAAGAAAAAAGCAAAAAGGAGAAGACGAGAUAAACACAAGCAUAAUUCCCCCUCUAGCAAUGACAGUUCUGACUAUAGCAUUGAUUCUGAUGCCGAACGAACAGAAAGAUCCCAUAAGAAAGGAUCUGGUUUCUACAGAGAUUAUGAGUCUUCAUUCAUUCAGCAUGGGCAUAUUUCAGGAAAAUACACCCCUUCACAGAAGUCACAGCAUAAUAAAAAAUCAAAAAACAAAGAUUAUGAUAAUUACAGUGAUGAUUUUGUCUACAAUGAGGAUGAAAAAGAGGAUUUUGCUGACCAGUUAAAACAGUAUAGACAAGCUAAAGAAACUUCAAAUGCUGAUUUAGAUGCGCCAAUUUCAAAAGAAUCUAUGAAAAAACAAGGAAUGAAAGGGAUUCAGAAAGGUGCUACACAGACAAGCAAUAGUUACGGUAUUGGCCGAGGGCGUGGCAUGCAGAAGAAAUUGAAACGCAAAGACCGUGGAAGGGGAAGAGGGAUAAAUAAAGGUCCUGAAGAGGAAAUAAAGCCGGUUAAGAAAUGGCCAACUAUGAGUCAGGCAUUCAUAAAUCAGCAUACUGUGGAACACAAAGGAAAACAAAUCUGUAAAUAUUUCCUAGAGGCACGAUGCAUUAAGGGAGACCAGUGUAAAUUUGACCAUGAUGCAGAAAUAGAGAAGAAAAAGGAAAUCUGCAAGUUUUAUAUACAGGGUUAUUGUUCCAAAGGAGAGAACUGCAUUUACAUGCACAAUGAGUUCCCUUGCAAGUUCUAUCAUACAGGAGCUAAGUGCUACCACGGUGACAAGUGCAAGUUUUCUCAUGAUCCAUUAACUAAAGAGUCGAAAGAACUCCUUGAUAAGGUACUGAAUACUGAAGAGGAGCCACUAAACGAUGAUGAAAAGGAAGUGGAGGAACUUCGGAAACGUGGCAUAGUUCCUCUUCCUAAGCCUCCUCCAGGAGUUGGGCUUUUGCCAACCCCACCAGAACCAUAUUCAUUUACUGAGGAAGAUGCAGAAAACUUUCAGGAUCCCUCUGGUGAAUUCAAGAAAAUCCCAUCUCUCUUUGAGAUAGUUGUGAAACCUACUGUGGAUUUAGCACACAAGAUUGGGAAAACUCCACCAGCAUUCUAUAACAGCACAUCACCGCCAGGACCAGAGUUUGAAGGAGAUGAUUCACAUAUGUAUAAUGCAGAAUCGAGCCCAGGACAUAAUGGACCAGCAGGGCUCCCGGGUUCUCCUGGGCAUCCUUGCAUAGGUCUAGGAGGGCCGCAGAGUCCACCUUUGCAGCCAGUUCCUCCAGGUUACCUAGGACCACAGGGUCAAGCCGGUGGACCAAUGCAUGGACAGCAGGGUGGGCCGCCUUUGACUCCACCUGGUUCAUCAUAUGGCUGUGCAGUUGCUCAAGAACAUAUGGCAAACAUGCCCAGAGACAAUCAUUGCCUACCUGGUCCACCAUAUCAGCAAAUCCCUGGUGAACGGCUGCCAAAUACCUGUUACGAGUCCCUUCAGAAUCCAGCCAAUUUCUAUGAUAAUUACUAUUCACAUCAGGCUGUACAUAACUUUCAGACAACCAAUAACACUGGUGAUGGUGCGUGGCAAGGAGAAUUUGCAGAUCAACAGCCUCACCACAUGUCUUCAGAUUCACAUAACAGUGGCAAUGAGUACGAGUCAGACUGUGCCACAGCAGCAGGCCACAAUUCAUCUAUUAAUGUACCAGAUUUUCUUCCGGCAAUGCAGAAAGCCCUUUUUGUAAGGCUUAGUCAAAAACAACAAGACGAUGGAGAGCAAAUGAGCAAUCAGUGUCAGAGAUCACUGAGCAGAGAAGAAGAUGAUAAUGUAAACUGGUACUCUAGUAGUGAAGAGGAAGAAGGAAGCAGUGUUAAAUCAAUAUUAAAGACCUUAAAGAAACAAAGUGAGACAUUAAGGAAACAGCAGCAGCAGGCAGCAGACCAACAGCUUCGUGUUAUGCCUACUGACCCAAGACUUGCUAAAGAGCGAGGUCAAGGAAGCCAAGCUGUUGAUCCCAGGCUAAGAUCAGCUUCAAGAUCAAAUGCUAGAAAACCAUCAGAGCCAGGAACCUUGGACCCAAGACUUGCACGAGAUCCUAGAAUUUUAAAGGGCAGCGAAAGCAGUCAUGCUAGCUCAUCUGCUAGUGGAGCAAACCCUGGUGUCAAGAUUAUGCAAAAAGGAUUAGAGGAAGAAGAGGAGGAUGGAGAACGGGAGCUGAGAGAGAGAGCUUUCUUAAUACCAUUGGAACCUCUGCCUGGAGUAACACUACGUGAUCCAAGAUCUCAGCUUAGGCAAUUCAGCCAUAUUAAAAUGGACAUUGUUCUGAGCAAACCCAACUUUGCUAAGCAUAUUGUAUGGGCUCCUGAAGACUUACUCCCAGUACCUUUGCCGAAACCAGACCCAGUAUCCUCAAUCAACUUACCCCUUCCUCCACUUAUAGCUGACCAACGAUUUAAUCAAUUACGGAAUAUCAAAAGUGAUCCCAUCCCAAGUACAAUACCAUCUGACCCGAGAUUAGCAGCAAAAGCAAAAAAUAAUACACAUUUAUUAAGCAGAAGUGUCUCUUUGGACCACUCUACAGAUUCUCAUCCUGGUAGCACAAGCAAAUUGGGAGACCCUCGCUUGCAGAAAACAAUUGAUCCCAGGCUCCACAGACCAUCCAGUACAGACUCUCACCAUGCAGUAGUGAAGGACUUUUUGCCUCCAAAGGCUGACCCCAGGUUAGCCAAAUCCAGCACUGGUACAUCACAGUCCUCAGAAGCUGCAGCCUUUCAUUCUGAUUCGGAUGCGUUACCCCCAUAUGCACCCAAGCUAUCAUCUGCCACUGCUAAACUGGGCACCCCUAGCUCACUAUUAAGUGGCAUUAGCUUGUAUGAUCCAAGAAAUCACACUCCAUCGGAUCCCUCUCCAGUUAAUUCAGGGGAGAAUGGAGAGAACCUGAAAAAGGGUAUUUUGAAAAACGCUGGCCAAAAUGAAGCUACGCUCUCAGAAGAACAGUUGCCUCAAAAAACAUCCCUGCACAUAGAAAAAUGCCUGGAAGCAUCUGGAGAAGCCAUUCCAGAUAAGGUGGGCAGUAAAUCUCAGGCUAAACACUCCAGUGCUGCUCCAGCAGUACACAACCUUCCCAUCCAGGCUUUGUCAGGGUUAAUCAGACCACAGUACAGUGAUCAGAGGCCUGUAAAGCAGCCUGGGCAAAUCAGUCAAACGCCAGAAAGUGAUCCAAAUGGGGAAUCCGAUGACAAAUCACUGAAAGAUGUUUUCAAGACUUUUGACCCAACGGCUUCACCUUUUUGUUAGCUGUGUGUUUAUUAAGACUUUUUACCAUUGUGAAUAAUGCAGGUUUCUGCGGUUUUGUAACUGAUUUACCUCUAUGCUUUAUUUAUUUUUAAAUUAUAACCAGAAACACAUUUGGGCUGCUAUUUUCAGAACCACAUGCCGUAACACAGUAUGCUAUAGUGUUUGCCAAGUUGGUAUUUUCUAUAUAAUUUACACAUUUCAGGGAGACUAAUCAUUGAUCUGUUUUUAAAAAAUAAAAAUAGGUAUAUCAUGUUAGAUCUGAAAUAAGCACUUUCAUUGUAAAUAAUCAUUAAGGAUUCAAUUUGAAGACUUGUAUAUGUGUAAUGUGUCUUUUCAAAAUCAACAUUUAGAGAAUGUUUGCCACUUUUGUAUGAUUGUAUAGGUUCAAGCAAUAUAAUGUACAUUACUGUGAGAGACACUAUUUAAAAUGACAAUUAUCUGAUCUAUCAAGUCCAACUUGCUAAGUAAAAUAAAAAAAUAAUUGAUCUUUUCUGAGCAUUGACACAGCAUCAUUUUUUUAUUCAUGAUAUUCAUAGCCUAAAAGAUACUGUAUUACAUACUGAGGAACUGAAACAUUUUUAAAGUAUUUUAUUCUAUGCUGUAUAUAGAAGAAAUUGCAAAGGACACAGCUAAAACAUUUGUAAGUAGAAAAUUCAUAAGUUGUAUGUGUAAAAAAUGUAUUUACUUUUUUCAUGCAUACAUUAUUCUCAUUUAGUGCUGGCACAUCGUGGUGUUCAUGUAUUCAAUGUAUUUUUGUAUUCAGCUGCUUAAUUUGUAUUGCUUUUUUGUAUUGAUAUGUAAUGACAGUAACAUACUCAUGUGUCUCACAUUUUUAACAAAUUAAAAGAGUGAAAAUCUCUUGACUUUUCAUGGACUGCUAAAAGGCUGGGAAAUCUGCAUUGUAGAUUUUAUCUACUUUCUCUACCCUCCCUCCUAAGCUGUAUAUAGUUGUUGGACCACCUGGUAAUUUCCUCCUAUCCACAAUAACCCUAUGUGGUAAGUUAGCCUGAGAUAUAGUGAGAGUCAUGGCUGAGCAGGGGUUUGAACCCAUGUCUCCCUACUCUGGUAUUCUUUCCACUACCUGACAUUUUGUGUAUGUGUGUGUGUGAAGUUGAAGCCAUCUGAAACAAACAAGAUAAGCAUAUUGAAAGACAAGGGCAGAGUUGCAACUCUGAGGAUAGGCAACAGCUAAGCAUGUUAAGCUAAGCGAGGGUGGCGCUGUGGUCUAAUCCACUGAGCCUAGGGCUUGUUGAUCAGAAGGUUGGUGGUUCGAAUCCCCAUGAUGGAGUGAGCUCCUGUUGCUCAGUCCCAGCUCCUGCCAACCUAGCAGUUUGAAAGCACGUCAAAGUGCAAGUAGAUAAAUAGGUACCGCUCCAGCGGGAAGGUAAACGGCGUUUCUGUGCGCUGCUCUGGUUUCGCCAGAAGCGGCUUAGUCAUGCUGGCCACAUGACCCGGAAAAACUGUCUGCAGACAAACGCCGGCUCCCUCGGCCAGUAAAGUGAGAUGAGCGCCGCAACCCCAGAGUCAUUUGCUGAACUGUCAGGGGUCCUUUACCUUACCUUUAAGCAUGUGAAUAAUUGUGACCAUAGCAGUGAGUACAUUUGUGCAUUGAACUUGGGCACUAAGUCGACAGCAACUAAAAUGCACAGACUAAAUUAUUCUGAGUGUGAUGUCUCUUUCCACAAGUUGGAGCAUAACCAAUGUCAGUAACCUGCUUCUGGCCAGAAACAGCAAAGCAUUUAGAUUUAGAGCAACUCUGACUAAGGAGCUGAUAGUUCUUGGGUCAUGGAUGUGAAUGUGGGUUCUGUCCAUGAUCCCUUCUUGCGAAGUCCCAGAUCAUCUCUGUCUGAAUUUAAAGCUUCCUUGACCCUGUGCCACCAUAGACUUUUCCUCCACCUGCUGCAAAAUGCAGCUACAUUGACUUCUUCUGAAUUAGGGGCCGGUUGACGCAAACCCUGCAGAAAAGCGAAGCAAGGAAAGAGUAAACGGGCUUUAGAAUUAUGCUAAGCAGAUGCAGGCAAAACAAUUCACAAUCUAAGGGUGGGUGACAAAAGAGAUGAGUGAGAAAAUGCUCACUUUCCUGAGUGUCAAAUCCCAAAAUCAAAACACUAGUUCAAUGUGAUGUGAAAAGCCAAAGCAAACCUUGACUUCACACACUCAUCUCUCAUCUGGCACAGCUGUGAGGGGUCCAGAAGCUUCCACUUUUGCUUAACCACAAGCUUGUUGCAUUGCCACAACUGACAAAAUGUUAAUUUGAAUUGGUGGCUAAAGCCAACUUGAAACCAUGGGUUCAUAUAAACCAGUUUAAAAUGACUGGCCCAAGGCUGAAUGUCGUCCAUGUGAACCGAAAAGGUCUAGACUCUAGCCACUCCUGCCUUGAAGCAACAAAGUGCAGUGAGGUAAAAUGGGGGAAGAGUUUCACUCCUCUCUCCCAUACAGUAUUUUUAAUGUAAGGACCCCCAAACCCCUGCUUUGUAUGUAGAUAAAGGGUUACUUACUUUGACGCAAGCUGCUUCUGCAGCCUUUAACAUCUGAAAAGCCACCUGGAUUAGGUUCUGUGCAUUGCUCACAAGGUGCUCGGCGGAUGACCUGCUUUUACCUGUUGAUGCAUUUACCCUUGGAAGUACAGAGAGAAAGCAUUAUGUGCACCUAAGGUGUGGCAUGGGGCUUCUAUGGCGUUGAAA